AGCCCGCGGGGAUAUGUUCCUACGGGAGGCUGACGAUCACAAUUUCGUCGAGAUGGAGUUUCUCCAGAGCCACCAUUCCGCCAACAACUCCGAGUCGCCCUACACUCUCGGCACGGGCUCGGUGGGGAGCAUCGAGGCUAGCAUACCGUCGGGCCUGUGCUCGGGCUCGCUGGGCGGCGACGAGGACGCGGACGCGGAGCCCGAGGACCACCACCACCACCACCACCACCAUCCAGAGCACGGCCUAGUGCAGCACCAGCCGCACUUGUCGCAGCACAUCCAACAGCAGCAGCCCGCGAGCGGCACGACGACGCCCGCGCCCGGCUCGUCUGCCCAGCUCGUGGGCGAGUUCGGCACCAGCUUCUGGGUCGACGACAUGGCUGGUUUUCCGCUGCCGCCCCUCGACCUCGACCCCCUGCCCCCCGGACUCUUCAGCCCCUGCUCCGGAACUUACAAUUGGGGUUGCGCGCGGGGCGAGUGCCUACCACGGCCGGGCAACAUAAACGGCGAGGGAAUGGCCGACGUCCUGCUGUCCCUGAAACACGCGGUGGUCCACCCGUCGAGCCCCACCGGCGGCUACUACUCGACACCCGCGAGCCACGGCUACUCGCCCCAGGACUACGGCCAAAACUUCGCACCCGCCCCGACGAGCGGACACUACGCCCAAGGCCCCGCCAUGUCCGUCAACGUGUCCAUGAACAUGACCAUGAACAUGAACAUGCAUCCGGGGCACGGGUACGAGCAGAACUACAGCGGCGCGUGGGGCGUGGAGCCGUUGCUCAGUCCCGCCCCCCAAUACGCGGGGGUAGAGCAUCAGCAGCAGAGGGUGAGCCAGGCGGCGGCCAAUAGCUUGGCGGCUGCGGCUGCCGCUGCGGUGGCUGCCACCUCCGCGCACCCCCAGCAUCAGGUCCAUCACCACCAUCACUCGCAUCACCACCACCCCCAACAACAACAACAACAACAGCAACAACAACAACAACAACAACAACAACAACAACAACAACAACAACAACAACAACAACAACAGCAGCAGCAGCAGGCGGAGCACGUGCUUUGCGCGGCUGGUCUGGCCCAGGUUGGCUCUGGUAUCGCGGGACACGACGACCAGGCCAGGCCGAAUUUGUGCCGGAUAUGCGGAAAGACCUAUGCCAGGCCGAGCACCCUCAAGACGCAUCUCAGGACGCACUCCGGGGAAAAGCCCUUUAGGUGUCACGCCUGCUCAAAGGCAUUCAGUCAGGCGGCAAAUUUGACGGCUCACGCAAGGACGCACUCGGGAGAAAAGCCCUUUCGCUGUCCAGUGUGCGACAGGCGAUUUUCGCAGAGCAGCUCCGUCACGACACACAUGAGAACACACUCCGGAGAACGGCCCUACAGGUGUCGGUUCUGCAAGAAGGCCUUCUCGGACAGCUCGACGCUGACGAAACACCUGAGGAUCCACUCGGGCGAAAAGCCGUACCAGUGCAAGCUCUGUCUCCUGAGAUUCAGUCAGAGCGGCAACCUCAACAGGCACAUGCGAGUCCACGGGGGCGCUCUGACGUGACAAAGUGACGACCAUCCGACCAUCACGGCCACCGUUCAUCUCGCUCAUCGCCAUCAGCUCGUCGAGCCCGAAUCCUCCUCCUCCUCCUCCUCCUCCUCGUCGUUUAUGCUGCCACAGUGCUGUCGCAUACCCGUCAUCGCGUUCGGCAUGGACUGCUUACAACGAAAAUUACAAUAAAUCUAUAUAUGUUGUUGCGUUACUUGUAUCAACAAAAAAGAAUCAUUCCUUUCGAGGCGUCGAGACGAACUUAGGCGCGUGUACGAAAAUAUUUGCCGUGCGCGCAGUUGUCGGUAGCUAAGAUAUUUUUUAUAAACGAACACGUAAGUUUUGUAAUUCAGAUCAUUCGUAGGGACUUUUGUUAAGGAAAAUAGCGAAUUUAAGAAAAAAACAUAAUAAAACGCAUGUUGCUUCGAUGUUUAUUAGAAAUAAUUGUAUAGAUGCGUGCAUUAAAUGAAAAAUCAAUCGCUUCGAUUGGGUGAAGUUUCGAAAUUUCGAAAAGCAAAACUAGUCUGAAUUAUGAAUUUUGUCCAAAAAUAAAAUGUUUAAAAGUGAAAACCAAAAAUUCGAGAAUGAGACGUAUAAUGGAGAGACCUGCGGAGUAUUGCGUACAUAUACAUGCUGUACGCGUUACCCACGGCACC